GCCAUUUCAUGUCGGUGCUUCCAAUCCUGUCUAUGAACUGAAUUCUCUGACCCCGGAAUCUAAUAGGAACCCAGAACUAUCUCUUUUAUGGGAAUCGACGAUAGAAAUACAUUAUCCAGAGAAUAAUGGUGCCAACCUUCAUCCCUCACCACUCAACAUUGCUAGUUUCCACAUCGACUUGACUCUAAUCUCGAGACAAGCCGGCCUCAUGAAUUGGGAAGUUCAUCAAAAAUCUUGUUCCGCCAAACCUGCGAUGGCCCGAUUAAAAUUUUCUGGUGUUAGGGAACGUAAUUUGUGUCAGAGCCACGACACGCCCAGCACGCUACGAAACUUAGACCUCCCUUCCUCGACCCAAAGGCCAUUUGGCCUUGCAGCAUCAGCUUACGAGCUCCUGAAAACUACCGAAAUAUCAUUAUUAAAAAUGUCUAUACCAUCAGUCGUUUCUCUUGUCACUCUUUUCACCUCCCUCAACCUCGCGGUCCCACAA